GCGGGUGUGGGGGCCUGGCCGGGCAAGGCAGAAGGAAGGGGAUGCUGUUGGGAAGGGAGCAGGAGUGGAGGGGUGAUGAAGAGACACGCGGCGGGAGGCGCAGAAGGGCCGUCGCGGGAGGUGUGACGCGGACGGGCGUUCUCUUACAAGCCCUGGAGUCGCCAGUGCCAGCCCACAAAGCUCUUUCGGGCCAGAAAUAGCGUCUUGACCAAAAGGGAAAACCAGUUGCAAAUCGAAAUUGAUUAGUCUACCAAAAUGUUAAACACUUUUAAGAUGAGAAAAACUGAACUCUGUCUGAGCUCUGAAGGGUCGGAAGUUAUUUUAGCUACAUCAAGUGAUGAAAAACACCCACCUGAAAAUAUCAUUGAUGGGAAUCCAGACACAUUUUGGACCACUACAGGAAUGUUUCCCCAGGAAUUCAUUAUUUGUUUCCACAAACAUGUAAGGAUUGAAAGGCUUGUAAUCCAAAGUUACUUUGUACGGACCUUGAAGAUUGAAAAGAGCACGUCUAAAGAGCCAGUUGAUUUUGAGCAAUGGAUUGAAAAAGAUUUGGUACACAGAGAGGGGCAGCUUCAAAAUGAAGAAAUUAUGGCACGUGAUGGCUCCGCUACUUACUUGAGAUUCAUUAUUGUAACAGCCUUUGAUCAUUUUGCAUCUGUACACAGCGUAUCUGCAGAGGGAACAGUAGUUUCAAAUCUUUCCUAGUAAUUAUUAGAAAAUGCUCUUAUGUGAUUUUUUUAAACAACAUAUUUAUUUAAACAGGAAGCUGUCAUUGAUAUACUUUAUUAAAAGGAUUUGUAUCAA